AUGGGUUUCCGGCUCCCCAGAAUUUCGAACACCAAGAGAAGUCUUACUCGAUCUUCAUCUAAUGGAAACCAGACAGCUUCAAAGACUUUAGAUAUCCCAAAAGGCUAUUUUGCAGUCUAUGUCGGAGAGAGCCAGAAGAAGCGAUAUGUGAUUCCAAUAUCAUACUUGAACCAGCCUUCAUUCAUGGAUUUGCUGAGUCAAGCCGAAGAAGAAUAUGGAUACGAUCAUCCCAUGGGCGGUAUCACAAUCCCCUGCAGUGAAGACACCUUCCUUGAGCUCACUUCCAGCUUAAAUGAAAAUCAGUGGUACGAAGUCAUUGGCCUUGACCGGAUUCAGAGUAAAGUGAAUUGUAACCUGUAUAUAGAAACCAUGGGUUUCCGAUUGCCUCGAAUUGCUAACACAAAGACAUCAGACAUCCCAAAAGGUUACUUUGCAGUCUAUGUUGGCAAGAGCCAGAAGAAACGAUUUGUGGUUCCAAUAUCAUAUUUGAACCAGCCUUUGUUUCAGCAUUUGCUAAGUCAAGCUGAAGAAGAAUUUGGAUACCAUCAUCCAAUGGGUGGUAUCACAAUUCCUUGCAGUGAAGACACCUUCACUGAUCUCACUUCCCGCUUAAGUGUGUGAGUAACACUAAUGAAGCGAUCCUGGAUCCAGAACAUCAUUUUGAAACUCGCUGCUUGGUCAAGAUGAAGAAGAGUCUUCAGUUGAUAACUUGAUCAUCCACUGAAUCAGAUCACUCUUGAGUGGAGUAACCAGCCGGCUGUAUUCUUGAAGCUGCUUGUGAGCUGAUGAAACAGUCCAAAUUGAAGAAGAAUCAAAUCACAUCUUACGAAGCAGGCAAAUAUGAACUUCGUAUAUACUCUAAGCAAUUAGUCUGAAGUUCAUGAGACUCCAAAUUUUGAACUCAAUGACAGAUGAGUUCUGUCUUUU